AUGGCAUCAACAUCAGGCUUAACCCGGCGCAGGGGCGCGGGAGGAGGCAGCAGCGACGUCGGCGGCGGCGGCGGCGGCGGCGGCGGCGGCACUUCCGACACGAGGGACGUUGGGCCCGACACGAGCUACGAGACGGGCGAGAACGGACACAGGAUUGCCUUCGACCCCCGCGACCUGAGCGAGAGCGCAGAGAGGAGCAAGCAACCCAAGCUAACGCUGAUGGAGGAGGUCUUAUUGCUUGGCAUCAAGGAUCGCGAGGGCUACCUUUCGUUCUGGAACGACAACAUCUCCUAUGCUCUUCGUGGAUGCAUUGUUCUCGAGCUGGCCUUCCGCGGCCGCAUCAGCAUGCAAAAGGACUCUUCCCGGCGGCGCUUCCCCUUGGCGGACCGAAUUAUCGAAGUCAUUGACGACACUCUAACGGGUGAGGUAUUGCUAGACGAGGCCCUGAAGAUGAUGAAGACGAGCGAAAAGAUGAGCGUCAGCUCCUGGAUUGACUUGAUGAGCGGCGAAACCUGGAACCUAAUGAAAAUCGGCUACCAACUCAAACAAGUCCGCGAGCGGCUCGCAAAGGGUCUGGUCGACAAGGGCAUCCUGCGCACGGAAAAGCGCAAUUUCCUACUGUUCGACAUGGCCACACACCCCGUGGUCGAGGGCGCCGCCAAGGAGGACAUCCGACGGCGUGUGCGCAACGUGCUGACGCAGCGCACCGUCGUGCUCACCCCGACCCAGUACCUGCCCGAGGACCUCGAGUUCCGGUACGUGCGGACAAUCGCCAUGGUGUGCGCGGCGCACGCGGCCAACGUGCUCGAGAACGCGCUGAGUACCCUUGGCCACGAGGCGAGGGAAAACGCCUUUUCCAUGGCGGACGAGCUGUUGUUGCAGUAUAGCCAGUGGCCGUUUGCGGCGAGGCCGUUGCCUGGUGGGAAUGGUGGGGUGGGGGCGAACUUGCCGCAGGUUAUUAAUGAGGAGGUCAACAAAGCAAAGGACAAGGAGCUCCAGCUCGAAGUCGUGGCGGCUUGCUUGAGCGUAUUCACUCGCCUUGACUCCCUGCUCUAG